CGACACCGACUGCCUCGGACAUGCCAACUUCAACGACAAGUCCCUUUCGUAUACGGUUGAGGGACUGCCGACCGAAUAAUCAGUCUGGCAGCGGUGGUUGAAAAACCUACCUAGUCGCUUGAACUUGACUUUUUUUUUUCUUCUCUCCCCUACCUGUUCACUUAGGUAACAUUUUGCACCUUUUACCUUGCAUACCUUACCCUACCUAAACUACACAAGCCCAUCAGCCGAGUCACGCCCGGACAAGGCAUGCGCCGGACCAAUAACGACCGGGCAACGCCCUCCCCACGCAGCGGAGCGUUUGCACGAAUGCCAGUGCGGCUUCCCACAACCUCGUCAACACCGCCAACGCCGACCUCGACAGAGUCCACGAUGCCGGAAAAGGUCUCUGUACUGUUCUGCUGCCUUGGCAACAUUUGCCGGUCGACAAUGGCCGAGGGCGUCUUCCGCGACAUGACGGCAAAGGCGCCCUACAAGGAUCGGGUCGGGAGGGUAGACUCGUGCGGCACAGGCGCGUAUCACACAGGCGACAGCCCAGACGACCGGACCAUGGCGACUUUGGAGGCGCACGGCAUCACAGACUACCAGCACGCGGCGCGCAAGGUGUCGCUCAAGGAUUUUGACACGUUCGACUACAUCUUCGCCAUGGACCGGUCCAACCUGUCGGACCUGGAGCGGCUGAAGCGCAGCAAGCCCGACGCAAAGGCCAAGGUCAUGCUUUUUGGCGAGUUCUCGGGCACCGGCAAGGCCGAGAUAGUCAGCGACCCUUACUAUGGUGGUCACCAGGGCUUCGAAAAGGCCUACGAGCAGGCGAUGCGGUUUUCAAAGAACUUUCUGAAGGAGAAGUUCCCGGGGGUGGAGGUCGAGUCGGAGAACUAGACCCUUUUUUUUUUUUAACAAACUGCGAUGGCAAAAGGGGGCCCAAAACAUUACGAUACCAAGACAAAAGAAAAAAAAAUUGUAAUCACGCACUCAGAAAAACACUCAUGGCAUAAACCCCUCUCUUUCUGUAGAGCAGACCCGAGGGGUAAUACAGGACAGCACGUGAUAGAGACGAGCAGGUCAUAGAUGAUA